AAAAGAACAGAAAUGCAAACAAUCAGUAAUUAACUCAGUCUCCAACAGAAACCAUGGGCAAGAAACAAUCCAAGAUAUCCAGUGAAGAUGUAGAGGACUUGUUGCAGACCACUCACUUUACUGCCAAGGAAUUACAAAAGUGGUACCAAGGCUUCCUUAAAGACUGUCCCAAGGGUGUACUAGAGAAGCAAGAGUUUUGUCGUAUUUAUCAACAGUUCUUUCCAUUUGGCGAUCCCUCCACUUUCGCUGGCUAUGUGUUCAACUCUUUUGACACAGACAGAGAUGGGGUUGUUGCCUUUAAGGAAUUCAUGUAUGCACUCUCAGUAACGUCAAGAGGCACUCCAGAAGAAAAAUUAAACUGGAGUUUUAAACUGUACGAUAUUAAUUGCGAUGGAUUCAUUUCAAAAGAUGAAAUGUCAGCUAUUGUAGACUCGCUCUAUAGAAUGGUGGGAAGGAUGAUUAUUUUUGACAACAAGGAAGACACUCCACAAAAGAGAGUAAAGGCAAUCUUCGAAUCUAUGGACCUGGAUGGAGAUGGGAGAAUUAGUCAGGAGGAUUUCUUAACAGGUGCACAACAGGAUCCAAUCAUAAUGCGCUCUCUUAACUUAUUUGAAGGGAUCGUAUAGCUUCACUGCUUCAGCCGUGUGGUGUCAAUAACACUCACUAUAAAAAACACUUUGAAAAUCACCACUUCCCCAUCCUCACUUUUUAACAAACUGAUUCAUGUAUUUGUUUACAAGUUAUAGAAACUGUUUGUUGUUUAUUAUUGUGCAUUAUAUAGGGCAUGUUUGCUUUGUAAAUAUACUAAUUUUACCGUGCAAUUUGCACUUUUCAAAUAAUGCAAGUGUUAAAAUUUA